AUGAAAUCUCCGCCCGCCCCCUUGUUGAGUUGUCGUGUGACUAGUUAGCUAGCUAGCUAGCUAGGUUAGUGUUGUUCUGGAUCUGAAAGAAGCAAUAAUAUAUUGUUUCUCUCUCUCUCUCUGCUUCCUCAAACCGUAGAAGAACCCACGCCUGCUGCGGUUUCUUCAUCAUCAGAUCAGAUACCUACAACUUCUAUUUACAGAAGGUUCCGAUGGCUGCAACUGAAGAAAAUAGUGGCUUGUUUCCAAUCUUUAUCUUGACGAUAAUGGCAAUACCAUUAGUGCCAUACACAUUCCUGAAACUAUGCAGUGCUGCGUCGAAGAAAACCAAAAGCAUACAUUGCCAUUGUUCUGAGUGUUCUAUAUCAGGAAAAUACAAGAAAUCUAUUUUUCAAAGGAUCUCAAACCUUUCAACAUGGAGUAACUUGACAUUGAUACUGCUCUGGAUUCUCAUGGGUGUCCUAGUUUAUUACAUUAAGAAUAUGAACCGUGAGAUUCAAGUGUUUGAACCCUUUAAUAUUCUUGGGUUAGAGGCUGGAGCUACUGAUUCAGAAAUAAAGAAGGCUUAUAGAAAGCUUUCCGUUUUGUACCAUCCUGACAAAAAUCCAGAUCAAGAGGCUCAUAAAUAUUUUAUCGAAUACAUAUCAAAGGCUUACCAAGCACUCACAGACCCAAUCUCCCGUGAAAAUUAUGAAAAAUAUGGUCAUCCAGAUGGUAGACAGGGAUUCCAAAUGGGGAUUGCUCUUCCUACGUUUUUGCUGAAUAUUGACGGGGCUUCUGGUGGGAUUUUGUUACUUUGGAUAGUUGGAGUUUGUAUUCUGCUGCCCCUGAUAGUAGCAGUUGUAUACCUAUCAAGAUCAUCCAAAUAUACUGGAAACUAUGUCAUGCACCAAACUCUAUCGGCAUAUUAUUACUUUAUGAAGCCUUCUCUUGCACCGAGCAAAGUUAUGGACGUCUUCAUCAAAGCGGCUGAGUACAUGGAAAUCCCUGUUAGAAGAUCUGAUGGUGAACCCUUACAGAGAUUGUUUGUGCAAGUAAGAAGUGAAUUGAAUCUGGACCUGAAGAACAUUAAACAAGAGCAAGCAAAAUUCUGGAAGCAGCAUCCUGGGCUAGUUAAGACACAGUUGCUAGUUCUAGCUCAGCUAACUCGGGAGCAGGAAGCUCUAACACCUGAACUGAAUCGUGAUUUCAGACGUGUGCUGGAACUUGCACCUCGUCUUCUUGAGGAGUUGAUGAAGAUGGCGAUCAUACCACGAACUAAUCAGGGACAUGGUUGGUUGAGGCCUGCAAUUGGCGUUUUGGAGCUUUCUCAGUGCAUUGUUCAGGCUGUUCCUCUCAAUGCAAGAAAGGCGGCUGGAGCUUCCCCUGAAGGAAACGCACCCUUUCUGCAGCUUCCCCACUUUGAUGAAUCUGUAAUGAAAAAGCUAGCUCGUAAGAAAGUACGAACAUUGCAGGAGCUUCUAGACAUGUCAUCUGAAGAACGAGCAGUGUUUCUAUCUCAGACAGCUGGUUUCUCUGAUCCCCAAGUACAGGACAUCGAGAUGGUUCUAGAAAUGAUGCCUUACACAACAAUCGAAGCGACUUGCGAGACCGAAGGAGAAGAAGGGGUACAGGAGGGCGAUAUCGUAACCGUCCAUACUUGGGUGACGCUCAAACGCCUCAACGGUCUGAUCGCCGCCCUUCCUCACGCCCCUCAUUACCCAUUCCAUAAGGAAGAAAACUUCUGGUUUCUUCUGGCAGAUACUAAUUCGAACAAUGUCUGGCUGUCGCAAAAGGUUAGCUUUUCGGACGAAGUUACUGCGGUCGCCUCUGCAUCGAAAUCGAUAGAGGAUAAGAUGGAAGGUUCUGGGGCGAGUGUGAAGGAGACGAGUUUGGCUGUUAGAAAAGCGGUUGAUAAGGUUAAAGAUGGUGCCCGGCUGGUGAUGGGUAAGUUCCAGGCUCCAGCUGAAGGGAGCUAUAAUUUGACUUGUUACUUGCUAUGUGAUUCAUGGAUCGGUUGCGAUAAAAAGACUAGCUUGAAGUUGAAAGUUUCGAAGAGGACUCGGGCUGGCACGAGGGGCGGUUAUGUGGCUGAGGAAGGUGGGGCGGUUUUGGAAGAUGGAGAUGAAGAGGAGGAAGAGUAUGAUGAGGAUUACGAAAGUGAGUACAGUGACGAUGAUGAUCAUCAUGAUAAGGAGAGGAAGAAGGAGAGCCAGAGCCAGUCCAGCUCGGAAGAAGAAUCAGGUUCGGAAGAGGAGGAUUGAGAAAGAUGAGACCUGUUUUUGUUAGGUUGCAGAGCAGAGUUGUUCUUGCUACUUGGUUAGGUUUGAGAAGGAAGGAAAAGACAAUUGGCUCAUACAUAAUAGCACACCCUUUAAACCAUACAAUCUGAAUUUUCUCAUAUUCAGAAUUUUGAUAAAUUGAGUGUUUCUUCAUACUGUAUCAAAUCUCAAUGCUUUGUGAUAAUGGGUUCUUUUUUUUAUCUGUAUAAUCAUAUGUUAUAGCAAACAUAAAGCCUUUCUUUUUUCUAGAAAUUUUUACAUCAGCUAUAA